CAAACACAGCAUCGAGAGGAGCGUCGCAGGUGUCUACAGCGGAGCGUCUUUUGUACCUACUCAAAGGUGUCAAACCGGGCAGUUAACCACACACGGAUAGCCACGAGCAAUCACGUGAUCAAAUGCGGAAAUUGUCUGAUAGAGAAAGUGUAGCGGAGAAAAGACGGGAGUGGAGGUUUUCGAGGUUUUGACGACCGUUUGUGUUUUGAGUCGCAGCGGUUAGUGGUGUUCUUGAUCCCCCGGACCAAAACAACACUUAUUCCACGGGGAGAAAACGGCAGAGUAGCCUUUCUGUUUACGAGUUUCUUCCGUCUGGAAUACAGCAAGGGUCGUUCUGAGGUCAGAUUGCUGACAUGAUGAGGCUGUGACAGUGUCUGUCCAACUGAGUCUGUGCUGGACCGAACCCUGGGACAUGGCUGCUGCAAAGAAGAGUGGUGUGAAGAUGGGAGGCGUGCGCUUCUCUGAGGAACCUCCUGCUGCCGGGGCCCCCUCACAUGUUCACUUUGAGGAGAAGCUGCAUGACUCUGUCGUCAUGGUGACGCCAGAAGACGACGGUAACUUCAUGGUCAAGGUCGGCUUCUUAAAGACGCAGCACCGGUAUGAAAUAGUGUUCACCUUACCCGAGGUCCCAGCUCUGGGGAAGGAUGUUUGUCCAGCACCUGUUCCAAGUCCACACCUCCGGAUCACUGACAUCACACCUGCACCUGAGGGAGGUCUGAAGGUGACGUGUGAGUACAUGGCCCAGCAGGAGGGGGUUCUGUGUGAGGAGGUGCUGCUGCUGAGUGAGACCAACGAAGAUGUCUGUGUGAAAGUCAAAGUCCACGCCAGAGUCAUGGACCGUCACCAUGGCACACCCAUGCUGCUGGAGGGAGUUCGCUGCAUCGGGGUGGAGCUGGAGUACGACUCUGAACAGAGCGACUGGCAGGGAUUCGACUGAAACUCCUGCUCCUCUUACACACCCAUUCACACACACACAUGCCAUCAUCCACACUGCUGUUCCCACGAAACAGAAAAAUGUACAAAGAUGAUUAAAUAACCGUAGGAUUCAGAUUUAGAUUGGAUUAUGGCUCAUUCUCCCUCCUGAGGAAAUUUAAACACAAAAUCACCCCUCUGGUUUCAAUCAUCACAUCUCUGUCAUCUAAGUGGACAGUUUGAUGUUUUAUUUGUGCUUCUCCAGCUCUCCUUUUUUCAUCUCUUGUUGUGCUUUCCUAUCUGAGCCUCUAGAGGGCGGCAGCGCUCUUUGAAUGAGAGCAACCUCAGCUCCUUUAUGAAGUAUCCAUGUCUCACUCAUUUUCUGAUUGUACUCAGUUUAUCCAACAUGGGUUUAUAAUGUUUGAGAAUACACAAGGGCUCUUACUAGUUUGGCUGUUUGAAUCUCACUGCAACCCGCAGAAUUGAAGGAAAAGGAGGUAAUUCUAAAGACACAAAGCAUGUAGUGUGUCUGUUUUACCACAAAGGGGCAAUGCAGACCAUUGUAUGUAAUUCCUCUAGUCCAAAGGCAUCACCUAAAGGUGCAGCAGUGUACUGAUAUUCAUCUAUUAAUAGGAAUCAUUACAUUUUUGACUACUAACCUCCUACAGCCUGUUUUUUUUGUUUUUUGUUUUUUUGUUUGUUUGUUUGUUUGUUUUGUUUUGUUUUGAAUGCAUUUUUAGUUUCUCACACUUAUUUGGGAUCAGUAGGACCAGAUAAAUUUAAAAGCUCAGCCCUGUCUUUGAACACGAAGUAGUUUUUUUUUUUUUUUUUAAAUUAACCCCUGAAGAUCCAGUUUCUGCAGAAAAUAUAGCACUGGAUAGGUUUUGAAGCAAAUGUUUUGGCCAGUCUGUCAUUGAGAGAGGUAUGGUGGACUCAUUUUCUUAUUGUGAAAUUUCCAGUAAAAGCUCAGAGUUUCUUUGGAAUUUUCCUUUACAAAAUCUACACAUAUUUCCCUAAAUUUCUCUGAAAAUUCUUAAACCUAUUUUUAAAGUAUCCCAUAAAUUGUUUCAUUAAAAAAAUCCCCAGAAAAUUCCUGAAGAUUUUCUAGAAAAUUCCCAUUUUUUUCCUACCAAAUUUCCAUAAAAAUGCAGGAAAAUGUCCAAACAAACUCCCCAUAAUACCUGGACAAAAUACCCAUGAAAAUGCCCAAAAAAUUAUCAGAUUUGUCCCUCAAGACUUCUAAUGAAAUGCUCCAAAACUUCCAUGAAAAUUUCAUAGCAAAUUCUCCCAACAUUUCAAGCAAAUUUUUCAAACUUCAGUGAACAUUCCCGACAAUAAUCUCAAAAAUUCUUUUUGCCAAAAUUCUAAUAGCAGAAAAGUAUUACUAUGUUGUUGGAAUGUCCUCAUAUGUACACACAAUGUCUCAAGAGGUUAAUUUAGGAUUUUUAGAACAUCACAUUAAACAAUUGUUUCUCUUUUUCCUGUCUGACCUAAACCAAUCCUCACUUUUAUUACCAGUGUUCUUUAGGAUUUAACCAAGCUUAUUUCAGACAGUGUUAGGCUGGCUACACACAAGAGAAUUUUCAAAUCUUGUUUUAGAAAAAUGUCCACCUCUACAGUGCUGAUUCCAAAUACAAUAGAUCUCACAAAAACCUGUUUGAUCAAAUGUGACUUCAGAAGAAAAACAAGUAUGGAGGACGAUCAGCUGGUUUAUGUUUUGUGUUGCAGUGAGGCAGGGUAACCUCAUCAUUGAAUCACCACUCAUGCAUAUAGCAAUUUAGAGUGCUUUACAGAGCCAAAGACUUUAAAUAUCAAGAGCAUCUAAAAAGACACGUAGUCAUGACAAGGCAUUUAAAUAUGAAACAUAACAAAUUACAUGUGAAAAAUAUGAAAUUAGAACAAGAAUGUGUUGGAAAUGCUGCUACAGUUGAGUUUAUGUUUGCUGCUUUUUUUCUGAGAUUGAAAGUAUGCAACAUCCUGCUGGUGGCGAUUCCUUGUCCACUCACCUUCACUGGAUUAUUGUGGGUGUUCUGUUAAAAGCAGUAAGACUGAUAUUUAUGAUAACAGAUAAGGAAAGCUCCAACUAGAUCAGGCACUGUAAAAUAAGUAUAUUGACUUGAGGAUUAUUGUGAUAAUUAAUCAUUUGUUACAACUCUCAGAUCAGGCCACAAACACCCCAGCUUCUUGGCCUUAAAACUGUCUCAUGAGGUGUCCGACUAUGGCCUAUGGUCCUCAGCAAAUUAAAGAUAAUAAAAGAAAUAUGUUCUGCAUUUACUUCUUAGUUUCAACUCUAGGCUGAGCUGCCGUUUUUAUUCUGUAAAACAUUUUGACAAGAGUUUGUGGAUGACAAAAAUAGAGACAGCAGCUGAAUUAACAGUGAUAUCUUGACUCAGAGUACUGAGGAUUAAAAAAAUUAUUAUACCAGCAAGUAGCAGCACUAAUCUGCUGAUUUUCUCAGCUAUCUGCUUCAUCUCAAGGUCUGACGUACCAAGCACAUCAUGCUGAUCAUCUUAAAGAACCAGUGCUCCUAUAAAGUCUGGCAGCUUCCUGCAGUUUGCUCUCGUUUUGUGUCUGAAUGUAAAGAUGAGCCGUCAGGGCCUCCCCUCUCAUCUGCACACAGUCACUCAUCCUGCAGUCAGAGCCCACCUGAAAUGUGAUCUUCCCCCCAAAGUCCUUAACAAUGACUCGCUAUUUGCCCUUUCAGUCAUAAUGGAAAGCUCUGAUGUUGGCUGUUUUUUUACUGCACAUAUUUUAGCCUUCACUGGGUUGGUUUAACUUACUCUGAUACAUUAAAACUAAAGGAUAUCAAUGUGGCCCCAUCAGCCUUAUAUUUGUCUGUACGUGGCCCUCAGUGAAAACAGUCUGGACUGUUCUGGUCUUGUGUGUAGCCAGCCUAAGGAAAGAUUUGCAGCAUCAAUAAUGAAAGAAAAUAGAGAAUAAUGGCGCUUUAGCUCUUUCAUGUCAUUAGUUCAUUAAGGUCUUUUGUGAUUGGACCCUCCUGUAUCUUUAACAAACAAAUGUGCAAGUAUAAAAAAACACGUUGCUUUGAAUUUGACAAACUAACACAUAAAUAUGAAAGACUCUGUAGAAGUUUGUUCCGUUUCCAAACUUUUUUGAUGUUGAGAUGUAUUUUUCUGAUUGUCUGACCAUUUUCCUCAUGAAUAAAUCAGUCUUCAACCAGAUUAAAUGACCAAUGCAGAUUCCUGUGGACUGCCAAGAGAUGUGUUUUCAGGGUGUUAAACUAGAUGAAGUUGUGUUGACCUACAAAUAAAGAAAUCUUUAUAUCAAGAAAUGUCUUUCCAGCUUUAGAAACAUAAGUCUGUACUGCUCUGUGGUUUUAUCUCUGUAAACUUUGAUCAUUGUUUUGUUAAUUUGGGGGUUUUUGACUGUUAGUGCAACCAAAAAGGACAUUUUCAGAAAUCAUCCUGUCACUUUGGAGUUAACUCGCAUCAGAAAAACAGUUAUUGAUCUGUUUAUUGAGAAAUUACUCAUCAGAUUAAUCCAUAGUCUUGUUUUUAAGUGUUCUCGAGGAUUUCUCCUCUGAUGCAGGAAAAAUUUAAGGCGGUUUUAAUUUUAAUUCCUGACUUUGUGGCGCCUUCAGAACACACAUUUGAUACAAGUGCCUUCCAUUGAACCCGUACUGUUUGUCAUUUCACUCAAGCUUGAUUUUUUAAAGAUCUGCUGUACCGUCUGUCACGCACUGAACCCACUCCUCAUUUUACAAGUGCCAUGAUGUGGCUCUUCCCGUCAUCUCUCUGUUUUACUGAAACUUUCAUAUAAAUCGACAUUUAUUUUGUUAUGUUACAUCCUGUUAAAUCCAUCAGCCUUAAAGGAAACGACUCUGUGUUUUUCUCUUAGUGUAGUGCGGAUUAAAUAGAUGUUUGCCUGCGUGUAUUAAAGGUCAAAAGUUUCUUCCUUCUUAGUGUUAAAGCGAAGCUUGGAUAGGUCACUGUUUACAACAUGUAGCAGUUUAUUUGUUGAUAUCUGCUCCCUGUGUGUGUGUGAUUUGUAUUUUUUCAUGUUAAAAUGAAUAAAAGUGUGUAUGUUUGA